AUGUCUGACAAUAAUAUAAUAACUUUGGGGAAGCCUUACGAUGAGAUCCCCAACAUAUCAGUGGGUGAACUCUUUUCCAAGGCAUUGAGACAAUUGGACCCUGAGUUUAUAUGUGCUAUUGACGCCAACACUGACACAAAACUAACGGCAAACGAGUUGAUCACAAAAUGCAAUGCAUUGGCGAUGGCUUUGAUUGAAAGAGGAAUCACUGAAUCGGAUCUGAUUUUAACAUUCGCUGAAAAUACCAUUGAAUUGGUUGUAGUCUUGUUUACAGCGGUAUUAUUGGGAGUAACUCUUUAUCCAAUCACUCCAAUCGCUAAUGUCUAUGAAUUGGAGAAAUUAUUUGAGACAUUGAAUUCAGUGGUUGUCUUCACAUCGCAAUCAAAAUCUCAAAUAAUUAAUAAAAUACUUGGAAAUAAUACCUCAAAAUCUAAUGUAAAAUCAGUUUUCAUAAUAGACGGCACUUUUGACAAUUAUGUUACAUUUGAUGAACUACUCAAAGAGGGUCUCAACAAAAAUUUACCACAAAUUCCAUACUUUGAAGUGAAAGAUCCAGAAAAAGAGAUCUUUUUAAUUCUGCAAAGUUCUGGAACUACUGGUGUGCCGAAGUCGACACUUUUAUCUCAUAAAGCAUUUGUAGCUAGUAUCUAUUCAAUGAUCAAUUCUGGAAUGAAUUUCGACGAGUUUGCUGAGCACCCGAAGUUUGGACACAUCACACCAUUUGGUUGUAUCACUGGAAUGACAUUCCUUUACGGAUAUAUCUGUUGUGGUGUUUCGGUCGUCACUUUCAGACACUAUAACGAAGAGUUAAUAAUGAAAUCAAUUGAAAAAUACAAAAUCAAUUUCAUUAUGAUUGUGCCCGCAUUUGGACCGCUACUGGUAUCGGGACCUUUGGUUGAUAAAUAUGAUCUGUCAAGCCUGGGGUUUGUAUACACGGGAGGCGCCCACUUCCCUGAAUGUACGGCCAAAGCUAUUAUUGCCAAAUACGGAGUCAAAUUUCAAGAAGUAUACGGAAUGACAGAAUACUGUGGAACCCUAACCCAUGUGCCCGAUCUGGAGGUUUGUGGCCAAUAUAUCGCUGGAAAUCUGGGCAGACCUGCGAAGAAUACACAAAUGAAGAUCAGAGAUCUAACCACUGGUGAGAGUCUGGGUCCUAAUAUUGACGGAGAGAUCUGUGUUCGCGGACCCAAACUCUUCUCCGGAUAUCUUAACAAUCCUUUGGCCACUAAAGAGGCCAUCGAUAGUGAGGGAUGGCUUCGGACGGGAGAUAUGGGACAUUACGACGAAAAACAUAGAUUUUUCAUCACUGAUAGACUCAAAGAACUCAUUAAAUUUGGCACAAAACAGGUGUCGCCCACAGAAGUCGAACAGUUCCUAUUGACCCAUAAAUGUGUGGCAGAGGUGGCUGUGGUUGGGGUCAGACACGAGACACAGAGUCAAUGGGUUAGGGCUUACGUUAAAGUCAGAGACGGUAUGACUGUCACCGAAGAGGAGCUCAAGAAAUAUGUCUCCGACAAUCUGAAUGAUGCAAAACUAUUGAGGGCUGGCGUUGUAUUCGUGGAUCGUAUCCCCAGAACAACAGUUGGAAAAGUCGAUCGAAGAUAUUUCAAGCAAUUAAUUGCCGACCAAAUCAUUAAAAGUAACUCAUUUGACAACUAA